UCCAGUUGAAACGUAUAUGCACCUCCCUUCCCCCGGUUUAUAUCUCCCUCGCUCCCACAAUCACAUUCUCAAAAAAGUCAUUCACUAUACUCCUCCGGGCUCUUCUCGUGUUCCUUUAAACCAGAGAACAUCCUCUUCUGGUUACAACAUGGACUAAUUGCAUAUUGGUGUUCCUUUGAAUCACGGAAGAUCCUCUACUACUUGUAUACUCCACCGGGCUCUCUUUCAAUUUCUCGCAAGAGAGAUGGAUAACAAAGGGAAAUCCAAGGCCAUUGACGAUUACGUGCGAACGGCAUCCCAGUUCCAUCGUAGCAGCGGGAUAGACAGCGGCAAAGAGAUAUGGGAGGACGAUGCUGCCACCAUUGCUCUUGGCGUCCGUCAACAUGACAGGAGCCUUUUCCUCAGCUUCUUGGAUGAACAGGAUGAUUCAAAGAGCGAAGAAGAGUCGACUCUACACAAUCAGAAGUUGCCCCAAAUUGGCGACACAUACAUAGAUCCAUUUCAGCCUGUGAACUCUUGUGCCUCUACUACAAAGAGUGUUGUCAAGGAUUAUACUGAGCUACACUCCCAAAUUCCACUAGUGAAUAUGGAUGCCAUUGAAGAUUUGCAUGCACAAUCAUCGUCAUCUUCUUCAAGGAGUGUGCCUAGUAAUUUUGUUAAUAUGAUGGCGAUGCAGGAGGCAUGCCUUCGUGCGUUGAUUGACCCAGACCAGGAAUUAUCCUGCAAAUUAUGGCGUCAGUCCCCUAUGGCUUUGAAGAAUCACUACGCUCUCGACGUUGAGAUGGCAUGUUCUGGGGGGCAUGUGCCAAAUACAAAUGCUCCUGGAAAUUCCCAGGUCAAUUCACUUCUUCAGCUGAUCAAGAAUCCAGUAAACCAGUCUAUGCGGCUCAUUAAUGUCAAGGGUCACGUACCUGCUCUCAGUGCUGACCCAAUUGGGAGCUGCUUUAUACGACAGAAACUUGACGAAGCAACUACUGGAGAGAUAGUUAUGCUAUAUAAAGAAAUCACGCCUCACAUCCUUACACUGGCCACUGAUGUCUUUCCCACUUAUGUUAUCCAAAAGCUUCUUGAGCAUGGACCACAUGUCUACUUCAGGAUACUAAUUGCUAAUCUAAUGGGGCAUGUGUUAGACCUAAGCCUUCAUCUCUAUGGUUGUCGGGUGAUCCAGAAGGCUUUUGAAAUAAGCGACAUUGAUCAACAAAUAAAGAUGGCCACGGAGCUUGAUUGCAACCUAUUCAAAUGUAUAUGUGAUCAACAUGCAAACCAUGCCGUUCAGAAAUGCAUGGAGUGUGUGCAGCCACAAUAUAUCCAAUUCAUCUAUAGACGGUUAUGUGGCAAGGCCAAGAUGUUAUCCACACAUCCUUAUGGAUGCCAUGUGGUUCAGAAAAUGCUGGAGUUCUGCAAGGAUCCUCAAAUUAUGGACAGGUUUAUCACGGAGAUUCUCGAUUGUGUAAGGGAGUUGUCUGUAGACCCAUAUGGAAACUACGUUGUGCAGUACAUUGUGGAGCAUGGAGGACCUCGUUAUCGACAAAUUAUUAUGUUGAAACUUGCUGGAAGCAUAGUACAGAUGAGCCACCAGAAGCACUCUUCCAAAGUCAUUGAGAAGUGCCUAAUCUAUGCCAGCUACCACGAUUGCAAGCUUGCCAUGAAUGAGAUCCUUUCUGCAGGCGGUGGUCAAACUGCAGAUCAUCUCGUGGGCAUGAUAAUCCACCAGUAUGCAAACUGCGUGGUGCGGCAGAUGAUUGACGUGGUGAACGAUUGGCAGUUCAACGUGAUCGUGGAUGUGCUGAGGCGCAACAGGGACACUUUGGUCAAGUACGCCCAUGGGAGGCAGGUCAUCGCGCAGGUCGAGAGGCUCCUCAAUGGCAUGGCACCGUCCCCCGACUCCUUUGGGCAGACAUCGUCAUCGUCCCGGUUCCUCUAGUGUGUUUUUAAUUGCUUUUACAAUGGUUUGCUUUCUAUGUCUCUGUUGUUCUUCCUGGAGCAUCAGUGAUCGGCAGAAAUUGAAUUAAGGUGAACUCAGUUGCUUUCGUUUUCCCCAUUAGGUGAACUGAAUUGUUUCUGUAGAGGAGAAACGAACUAUAACCUCCUCUGGUCUAAAGACUUGUCAGGCACCCAGCCUAUACCAUUAUCUAUGAAUUGAACUAUUUGUUUUCCAUACCAUUUUGUGAGG